AUGCGGAACAACCCCAAGAUGAGUGGCCAUCUGGAUGCAGUUCGGAACAAGAUGAAACAGGUGCCUUACUAUCGGAACAUCGCGUCGUUAUACAUUAAAGGCUGCAGCGACGAGAAGGCGUCCUACCCGGCGUGUUUCAUUCGAGUGAAUGAGCAGCUGUCAGUACCGGGGCGCAAGGUCGUGGGCAACUCGUUCCACGACUUAAUUCAGGACGAGCAGAGCUGGUACGCAAUUGGGGGCGAACUUUGCGGGACUUACGGGUAUUUGUUAAAGCUGGAGAAGUCACGUCUGCACAGCUUCUGUGUGGGGGUCGGUCACAUGGUGAAACGCGCAAGCGAAAUGCUCAACGGGAAACCUGCAACCGGCGAGCCGUCGAACUCACUGCCGGAGGGAGUCAAACAGGGCCUAGGACAGGACCCGAGCACGCAGCAGAACAUUCAGUCGAUCAACGACCAGCACAAGCUAUCCGAACGUGUCGGGGAUCUUACUGCACAGCUGGAGCGACUCAACCAAGAGACAGAGCGCCGCCUCUUGCUGCCUUCCGACCUCCUGGCCGACCCAGCACCCGAACGAGACUCAGCACCCGAACGAGACUCAGCGCUUUUAAUGCCACGUCAGUUAUUGCCUACCUCAAUUUUGCACUUGCCGCACUUCCUCGAGUCGCUCGGCAUCGGGCACCACCGCCCGAAGCCGGAGUCGAUUGUGCCCUCCCCCGUGAUCUCUGGAAGUACUCCUGCCCAUCAUGUGACCGUCAAGCGGGGUCCUGCCAACAAGUCUCAGGAAAAGAAGCCUGAGGAAAAGAAGUCCGAAGAUGACGCGGCCCCGGCCGUACCUGGUGCGAUCCCGGACGACAUGGGUGCUCCGGUGCCUGGGCGCGAAGACGAGGAGGAGGAUGAGUAUGAGCAGCGCAGUGCGGAUGACAUUCUGUAUGAGGUGUGGGGCGACGACUUGCAGCAACCCGCGAAUGAGUUGUUGGAGGAAUUGAAGAAGUCCGUGAAGACGCGCAAGGAGCAGUUGAGUGUGCUGCGUCGACUCAAGUACCGCGUGACGUUCAUGCUCUCGAAAAACUACGUCAACCUGCAGCAGGAGGAGAUCAUAAGAGCCAUUCAGAAGUCGGGCGGGCCAGAACACGACUGGCUGGGCAUUCAGGGGCUGGUGAACCACAUGAUGAUGGAAUUCGUACAUAUGCAGGCAGUCAUACUGCAGCAAAAGAAGCAGCAGCAAUAG